AUGGCGCCACCACCGCCGCCGCCCCCUCUCCGGUCUGCGGGAUCUUCAACCUCGGAGAACACCCUCAACGACGACAAUGGCGGCAAAGCAUUGCCUCCAAAAUGCACAGAGACGACUCCGCUGCUCUCUGAGAGAAGCGAUGAGCCUGAGCUCGAUGCCAGCACUUCAUCGUCUCAGCUGGAAGAUGGGGUGCUUCCAGCAGGCAAGGCUUCUCAGGAGAGCAAGCCACUUCCCAAGCUUCAGAUCUUCCUGCUAUGCUUUGCGCGAACCAUGGAGCCCAUUGCAUUCUUCGCCAUCUUCCCCUUCAUUGCGCAGAUGGUGAAGCGCAAUGGCCACUUGGCAGAUUCGGACGUGGGCUUCUACAGCGGCCUCAUCGAGUCCCUCUUCUCCGUGGUUCAGAUAUUCGUCCUGAUCGUCUGGGGUCGUCUCGCCGACUCGAUUGGCCGCAAGCCCGUCAUGAUCAUCACCUUGGCAGGCAUGGUCGUCUUCACAAUGGCAUACACCAUGGCCACUACGAUUCCCCAGAUGAUCUUGUUCCGUUGCUUGGCCGGUGUUUUCUCCGGAUCUCGAUUGGUGAUGCGCACUAUGCUCUUCGAGCACUGCACACCCGAGAAUGAGGCCAGGGCAUACAGCUGGUUCGGCUUUGCCAAUAACAUCGGCACCACUCUCGGUCCGCUUAUCGGUGGCCUGCUGGCGGAUCCUGUCGCCCAGUAUCCGAGAAUCUUCAAGGGAAUUGCAAUCUUUGAGAAUUACCCUUAUGCCCUCGUCGGCUUUGUAUUAACUACUGUCGGUACCGCAGGUGUUGUCAUUUCCUUUCUCUUCCUUGAAGAGACUCUCGACUCGGAUGAGGAAGCCGUCUCCUCCAAUGGUGAUGGCCAGGCCGCCGCCCAUCGGGCUCUCUCUAUGCGAGAGCUUCUCAUGGCUCCCAAGGUCGCGAUUACUAUCUGGGUCUAUACCCACUUCAUGCUUCUUGCGUUUGCGGUCACGGCUCUUAUGCCAGUAUUCCUAUUCACUCCCGUUAAUAUUGGCGGUACUGGCUUCUCUUCGUCGCAAAUAUCUGCCUUCAUGGCCGUUCAAGGAGCCAGUCAAGCCUUUUGGCUCAUCAUUGCUUUCCCCAUUUUGCAGCGUCGCUACGGCACCAAGAACUUGCUGAAGAUGUGUGCAACAGCCUAUCAGUUCUUUUUUGCUGGCAUCAUACUCCUCAAUGCACUCCUCCGAAUCGGCGGCAAGUCUGCCAUGGCUUGGGCAUGGACAUUGGGUAGUUUUCUCGCAGUUACGGGACCUGGUGUGUCUAUGGGCUUCACCAGCGCGCAGCUGGCUAUUAAUGAUGCAUCCCCGAGUCGCCACAUAAUGGCUACCAUGAAUGGAAUUUCCAUGACGAGCGCCAGCGUCUUCAGAUCGUUUGUUCCUGGCGUUUCCACGGUAAUUUUUGCAGUUGGCGUCAGAAGCCAAGUAUUAUGGGGCUACCUUGUAUGGGUUAUUCUUAUUCCUUUGGCCAUCGCCUUGAGGAUUUGUGUCAACUACAUUCCUGGGAGCAGGAGAGUGUCUCGAGACGAGUAA